AUGCCACAUGCAACCGAAAAUGCUGAACAUCCUACCGAUACUUCCUCCGGUGUACGCCGAAUCAUCCUAUGCUUCGACGGCACUGGGAACCAUUUCCAGGGCAAUGAAUCGGAUACCAAUAUUGUGAAAAUUUAUCAGAUGCUCGAUCGACACCAGGAAGGCCAAUUCCAUUAUUACCAACCGGGGAUUGGGACCUAUGUCAAAGGUCAAGGAAGCAGUGCGACACGCGGGAAGUUCUUAGCCAAACUCAAGUCAGGUGUUAUCACGACACUAGACCAGAUGGUUGGUAGCUCAUUCCAGCAGCAUCUCUUGGCGGGUUACGAAUUUGUGAUGCGUUAUUAUCAACCGGGAGAUCACAUUUACAUCUUCGGGUUCUCCCGUGGCGCUUAUACGGCGCGGUUUCUCGCUGAGAUGAUUCAUGACCUCGGUCUUCUAUCCAAGGGUAACGAGGAGAUGGUCCAAUUUGCUUGGGAUACCUUCAGCAGCUUCCAACAAUCUCGUGGUAACGAUCCUCAGACCGAAAAAGAUGAGAAGCUUAAGACUUACAUGCAGAAUUUUAACAAGACUUUUUGUCGGCCAAAUGUUGAAGUGCACUUCCUUGGUCUGUUUGAUUGUGUCAACAGUGUUGGCCAGUUUGAGAUUCCGCUGUUCCGUACAUCCUACAAGGUCAUUGCAAACCCACCGGCACGAUACAUCCGGCAUGCAGUAGCUAUCCAUGAAAGAAGGCUGAAAUUCAAGCCAGCUCUGUUCAUAAUGGAUGAAGAUGGCCCACCUGUAGACCUUAAAGAGGUCUGGUUUGCCGGUAACCACAGCGACAUCGGAGGUGGUUAUGGACUAGAAAGGGGCCAAAAUCAUUUACUCUCCGACACAACAUUGAAUUGGAUGAUUCAGGAGGCGCUCAACCUCGAGGGAUCAGAGAGUAAAUUGCAGUUCCAGACUCUCAAUGUGGACGACGUGUCAAAAGCCGAGAAUGCAUUCCCUGGGAAAGAGGAACCUGGGACAGAUGCUUUCUCAAUCCGGAGGAAGACUAAUCAGCCUCAUGAUACCCUUCGAUUCGGCCAUGGUGAAUACUUCAUUAUGGUUCUUCUUUGGUGGAUCCUUGAAUUGCUGCCAAUUUUCACCCGCCUUGAGUUGGAGAACGGCAAAUGGAUCCCGCGUCGUCUGCCUCCAAACCUGGGGGCACCAAGGGAUCUACCCAAUGAUGCUGUCAUCGAUCCAAGUGUCAAGGAGAUGAUCCAGGCGGGCAUUCUGGACAAGGAAUCCAUUCCUCCCAGGGGUGGAGAUAACCCAAAUUUGCCCAACGUCGCAAAUAUCUCCUACACAUGGAAGAAACUGCGCAAUGCACUGUCUAAGCAAGCCUCAGACACUUCUGAAGACAGCGCUACAAAUGACACCAAGGGCAUUCUCCGCAAGGCAAUGCAAAUUCCAGCUCAGAAGUCUCGCUGA